AUGAUCAAAGUUAUAACAAGUUUUGUAAGCUGCUUAGCGGCGAUCUUGCUUGGGGUUUUGGCGCUGGCGACGGAUUUUUGGCGUGUUUCGUGGAGGGAAGCCAAAGAAAUCUCGGGGGUCCAAUUUAAUCAUGAAGGAUUAUUUCACACUUGCCAUGAAACUAGCAUCAACAACACUGUAGUCGCUGCUGACAGCUGCACAGAUUUACAUGGUGAAGGGAGACCAGGUAUACAUUCACUGAAAAAAAUGUACAAAAAUCUCAUUCUUUACAAGGAAACAUUUCAUGUUUUAUUUAAGCUUAAGUGUUAAUGAUUCAACUUACAACUGAUGUUGUGUCUGUUUAUAACCCUCGAGGUACUAAAAUUGGUUGUGGGAUAGGUUACAGGACAUGAGCUCCUUGAGAAGUUACAUAUUAAGUACCAUUGUGCGAGAUUAAUAACACCGUGCUUCAUAUGUGAAAAUAUUGUCAUAAAGUGUAUUCCAAAUUCGAAGAGUUUUGGUUUCAAGUAUUCUUUCUAGAAUACCACACAUCAUUGUACUUUUGCUUAAAAACAGUAUUUUGGUGCAUAGGUUUAUGUAACGUACAAGCAUUGCGAACACAGAAACUCGUCAACAAUAUUUUUUCUUUGAAAAAAAGUCAGUAAGACAGAGAUGCGAAAUCACAAAUGUUCAAUGUCAGAAGGCCCCCUUGUGUUGUACGUAUAUCAAUUUUUAAUUUGUGGCAUAGAAAGUGCUUCAUUUAUAUCAUUACAUUCAGAGGCCUAAUUACCAAAACUAUGUCAAUAAAUUAGGAGCAAAAUCAUUCUUUCAUGUUGCGAGCUGACUUUUCUUUUUUGUCCAAAAAAAAAUUAAGUCAGUUUCUUAUAUAUAAAAGCAACUUUUGAUCAUUAUUUUAAGACAACAAUAUUGGACUUAACUGCAGUGAAGCAAUAAUAUUAACGAAUAAAAAAUAUUGUUAUUGUUUAAAGAUGACUAGUGGAUUUCUGAAUUCUGUUUUUUACUUGCCCAAUGGGCAAGUUAUUUUUUUGGGAAAUUCAAAUUACUGAAUAAUAAAUCAAUCCUGCUCAUCAAAAUAUUUUUUUCAGACUUGUUAAAAUGACUUUUGAGGUAGUACAUGCUAACAACAGCAUGCCUGAAUGGUAAGCUGUAAAACUGACUUUCUUUGCACCCUGCAAAAUUAAAAAAGAAAUUCAAAAUUUUAUUAAAUGUACAAACCUGAAAAAUUAGUAACACCAUGUUGAAAAACUGGUGGAGAAGAUUUAAAUUCAAUGGUUACAUCAUAGGAUUUUUGUCCAGACUGAAGGCUAGUUUUCACUCGCAACGGAGUAGGAGUCAUAGAAGUGUAGGACUUAAUGAUCUUGUCAAAACAGUGUUCUGGUUCCACUUAGACUCUGUCAUUUACAAUCAAGCAUAAAACUAGGUCAUUGGAGUCGCAAGCAGAAGCGAAAGAACUAAACCAAUCACAACGCGACAGUGGGAAUGAGCGUUGUGAUUAGUUUAUCCUUCGGCUUCUGCUUCCAACUCUGACUGACAAUCUGGUUUUCACUAGAUUGUAAAUGUCGGAAUCAUAAGCGGAAAUAUCAAAAGAAAAUGGAAACAUUCUGAUUCUUCCAACUUCGAUUCUGUUGCAUUUAUGACUCUGCUUACGACUCUGAUUUUUGAUUUUCACAAGGUCAUGAGCACUCUUGCAACUUCCCUUACGAUUCUGCCUCAGACUCUGUUGCUAGUGAAAACCAGCCUUAAAAAAACUUGCAGCAAUGCCUCUUUAUUUUUCAGACUGGAAUGGUGUAGUAAUUGCAUUUAUGGUUUUGGGUCUCCUGUUCCACCUUGUUGCCUUCAUCUUUGCUAUUAUAGCUGCGUGUAGAAAAGGGCAUCCAUUCCCGUCAUUCUGGGUGGCUGGACUCUUCUUUGUUGCAGGUGAGUUUUCAGUGGGUUGAAAAUGUUUGUGGAAUUCACACCAGGGUCAAGAAAUCCAUCCAGUACCAGUUAGCCUGUGAAAAUAGCCAUCUCCUCUUGCUCCUUGCCAAUAUAGACAUCUUGAAAUGAAGACGUCUGCACCUCAGCGACAGAAAUUCCAUACUGAUGACAUGAAAUCUGUCCAGAAUUUUCAUCAGGAGCUCUGAUUGUUCGACAUAGUAGUUAUAUUGAUUUAGCUAUUGUCUACAAAUGACAGACAUAAGACAAAAGGCCACAAAGGUCAAAUGUAAAUACGAUGAAUCUACUACAAAACAUUCAAUAUUCGUAGAAUACAUUCUUCUUUAGAAGACGCAUCUGAGUUUUUCUGAGGUUCGAUCACAGAAGAACACAAAAUUUUACCAUGAUAAUUAACCAGCGGAAACCUAAAAUUCCACAAAUUCAUAUUUGGAACCCUAUGACUACCUGUUAAUUAUGUAAACUUUGAUUUAUGUCAUCAGUAUUGAAUUUCUGUCGUUGAAGCGCAGACGUCUUUCCUGUAAAAAGUCCCUAGUCACGAGAAGCGAGGAGAGAUGGCUGUAUUUGCUUGCUAAACACCAGUUUUCUGUCUGUGAUUUAUGCCAUACACAGCCAGGGGACUCAUCAUAGGUGGGAAAUUAUUUUGGAUGGAUUCAGCCUGCAAAGAAAGCAGUGUCUAGCCUGGGACUAGUGGAUUCUGUUCUUAGCUUGCCCAAUGGGCAAGUAAAGUGUUUUGGGGAAUUAAUAUUACAGAAGAACUGUAAUCAAUCCUAAUUAUCAAAAAAAUAAUUCAGGCCAAUUAAAAUAACUCUUGACUUGGGCUAGUACAUGUUAGCCACAGCUUGCCCAAGUGGGCAAAAAACUAACUUCCUCUGCACCCUGUGGAUUGCUCGUGUUUAGUGUUGUGAUAUGAAAGGAUAAGACAAUUCUUUGAUGGGAAACUUGUGUAAAUUUGUGUCUAAGGUUUUUCUAAUUUUAAUUUUAGACAAGAAUACUGGUCAAAAUUCAUUCAAAUUCACACUACUAAGGAUGGAAACAUCUUAUUUGUCUGAGAGAUUAGUUUGUUAUUGUUAAGUGUGUCUUUGGCUCUAAAAGAAAUUAGCCUCAGUGGGCAUCAUUGCCUUAAAUAGUAUUAAUAAUGAUAACAAAAAAAUUGCCUGGAAAAUACAGCGGUGAAAAGCUUUUGGGAAACAAUUUAUUCUGCUCUAUAUAUAUUUCUUACCAUUCUUUAAAAUUUUAUGUCAAUGUUAUUUUUUGUUUUCAGCAAUAAUGGUCAUCAUUGCAUUAUUGGUUUACACAUUCCAUAACUGGAAAUCUGAUGUAUUCUUUAGCUGGUCUUAUGGUGGAGGAUGGUCUACAGUGGCUUUAUCCAUUAUAGCAGUGGUGUUAAUAAUGGCUGAUCGCUGA